CGACGUCUGGGCGGUGCAGCAUUAGAUUUACCCAAAAUCCGGCGCAAUCCGCUGAUUGAGAUCUUGGCAGUGAGUACGGGGUGCCUGAACGCAUGCACCUAUUGUAAAACAAAACAUGCUCGAGGUGUGCUAGCCAGCUAUCCGAUCGAUCAGUUACUGGCCCGUGCCAACCAAGCUUUUGCCGAGGGUGUUAAAGAGUUGUGGCUCACAUCUGAAGAUUUGGGUGCCUACGGACGUGAUUUGGACCGACGAACUGCGGCUCUGUCUUGUCCGUCCAUGGACGAUCGAUUCCCCCAUUGUCUUACCCUGGCUGACCUACUGGCCGGAUUGGUUCGACUAAUCCCGCCGGGUUGUAUGCUACGAUUAGGAAUGACCAAUCCACCGUAUAUUUUGGAACAAUUGGAUGAGAUAGCCGAAGUGCUCAGUCAUCCCCGUGUGUAUGCGUUUCUUCACAUCCCCGUCCAGUCUGGUAAGUGCAGUGUGUUUACUCAAUCGUAUGCUUGCAUAGAAAUUCAACUUACACUCGUCAGUGCUUCAAAACCCCACCCCUGCGAACUCUGCGGGUUUGAAAUUCCCAAUUACAGAUCUAUUUUCUUACACAACAGUGAAUACAGUAAAAGGGGGGGGGGUAAACUCCAUGAUCCGAAGAUGUACUGUAAGUGGGAAGGUGAGGGGAACAUUCAAACUAGAACCAGCUUGUUGAUUCUGCGUUUAAAGACUGGGAUGUUUUACGUUGAAUGGAAGAUCAAAACGGGGAGAGUGUUCCACAGUUGUGUUGUUCUUGGGGAAAAAAGAUGGUUGAAAGUUAGAAAUGCGACACUUGGAGAUAGUCACUUGAAAUGGGUGACUAACUGCUUGUGCUCGGGAUCUACGAGGAAUAACGAGCGAGAGAGGGACAGAAGCGGAAAGUUUGUUAGAGCAAAAUUCAAAGUAGUAUCGAUAGAAUAA